GCCCUCCGGGCGGCCUCUAAUGCCAACGCCCCCCCAGGGGACCCUCGCUGCGGGCAGAACCCUGCACCCCUCCGUCAGACGCUCGGGUCCUCCAACCUCUGCCCUCCCAGCAACUAGCCACCAAUCGGGUUCCUGACUUCCCAGGAGCCGAGACUUGCAUCUUCUGGGUUUUUCUCUGCUAGGACCCCAGCCGUCCACUCUCUCCGGCGGAGCCCCAGCUCCUUCGCUACGGACCACAGCCAGCCUGAGUCCUGCGGACUCCCCCAGACCUCUCUGCCUCCUUGUGCAAGGGGCUGGUAGGAUCGGCUGGAUAGCACGAGUCUAGGACUGUGGACCCCUCUAGGGCACCCGGGCUUUGGGCACUAGGACACUUUUAAGACUGUGCUGAACCGAAGGUCGCGGUCCGGCCAGUGGCCCAGGGAGAGGGAAGGGCUCCAGGCGUGGCCUUAGCAGACCACCAGGCCGAACUGCCUGGGGCGAAGCCGUUGAGCUGGGGACUGGCGCCAGCGUCGGCUGGAGGGAGACUCCCGGGGCAUUAGCCAUAUGUAUAUGUUUUCCUCCUAGGGGUCCCCGAGACGGCCUUCGGGGAGAGGGAAGCAAUGUUUUGAGCAUUUUGUACCUUAAAGUCACCUGGAGUUUUUCUGGCAACACCUCCUUUCUGGGGAGGCCGUGAGCUCGGAGGCGGGUGUACAAACCUAGCUCCCUCCCUGGGUAUGGACCUGAGACCCAAGCUCAGAAAGAGGCUUGCUAGUCAGACUUUUAGGGGAAUCUAGACAGGUGCGAGGGAUUGGCCGAGCUCGACGCCCUCCAUCGAGCCCCUCUGUCUUGGCAGGGCACUAGACCCCCGGGGGAUAAUCCCAGAGGGUUCCCAGGUGGGUCCCGAGCCGGGGGAGGGCUGGGGUCCCCGCCACCCCCAAGGAUGGGGGAGGGGCAGCAGGAUUGACAGUCCGUAAUUGGGUAACUGGAGGCGGCUUCUCCGGCCCGGCGGCCCCGCCACCGCGACGCCGGGCCCCUGACGUCACCCGAUUCGCCAGGAAAUGAACUUUUUAAUAAUCCAAGGAGGGAGGAAAGCCCUCGGUCCCCUCGGCUCGGGGGGCGCCCAGCCCGGCUCGGCUCUGCGGGCGCGCCCCCAUCACCCCCUCCCAGGUCCUCUGCGGACAGCUCUGAGGGGGCGCGCGCACCGCAGGGCCUCCUCCGGCCUCUGCGGCUGGCGUCGAUCUGACUGUCCGAGGCUUUGGAACAGUGCAAAGCGAGAUCGCCGCGGAGUUUUCCAGAGUGUUCGAUGUCCCUGGAACCUAGCAGGAGCGUCUAAAGGCCUCGCAGCCCCGGCGAUAACCCUACUCUCGGCAACGGUGCCCCAUGCGGCCGUAUCCCAGGCCUCUGCUCUGCAGACUUCCAGGAGGAGAGCGCGGAGCGCAGAGGAAGCUGCCCUUGGCCGUGUAGGCGCCUCGGCUGGCAGGGCGGCAGGGCGGGGGGCCUCCCAGCACUAUCCCCGAAAGCAGGUAAUUCCCCUCUUUUCUCUCAAAGUCGCAAUUAACAUUAUCUCCCUGUUUGAACGAGACGGGGCUUGCGGUUUCCACGCCACGUCGCCGACUGGGCAAGUCCUGCCUCUCGCAGAGGUGAAAGUGGUCAGCCCGGCGGGUCCCCAAUCUAAACGCGAGCCCCAGUGUUGCCCACCCGCCUCGCGCAGAGCCGAGUGCAGAAGGGGAUUUAAUUACUCCGCUCGGCAGCUUAGAAAAUCGCCACGCAACAAGGGUUUAGCCAGGCGGUUAAGCGACGCUUGAGCCAGGGCCUCAGGAGACCCGCCACAGCCUGCCUGCCCAUGGGCAUGGGGUCGGGGCGGGGUGGGGGGUGUCCUGCCAGGUCCUUUGAGGCCCCGAGGCUGCCUUCUGGAAACUGCAAGCAACCAGCCGGCUGGCCCGAGCCCCUGCCGAGGUUGGAGCCCCUGCGUCCGAUGCGGGACUGCUCGAGUUUUCCAGCAGGAACAAACCCGUCUGAAAGGGAAAAUUGCCGGCUAGGUAGCAGGACACUGAAUUGGCGAAUAAAGGAGAGAGUGCGCUGAUGAA